UGUUGUUCACUUCACUCACAUUGCUCACAAACAUGAGGCAAGCUAGUAGAUAAAAGCAAUUUUUGUAUUCAUUAAUUGUUCAUCUCGCUUUGAAAUCUUUGGAUAGUUGGCUCCUUUUUUUGCACUAAGGACGUGAAGUAAAGAAAUCAGAACGCCACACCAUGAGUGAUACGUUGACCCAAAGGGAACUAGGCCUAUUGAUCAUCAGAUUCUCUCUGAUCACAGUUGUGUCCUUUGUCGCAUUCAAAUGGAUGUUACACAAAAUAGAUCCAACAAAGAAGCAGAAGGAGGAAGCCAAGAAGAAGGCUCUUGCAAAUCUCAAACGGCUGGGUAUGAAAACAGAUACUGACUUAAAUGAUCAUGAAAUGAUGGUAGCUGCCAAUUUGGUUGGACCUAAUGACAUUCCUGUUUCUUGGGAUGAUGUUGCUGGUUUAGAUAAUAUCAUUGAAGAACUAAAAUAUAGUGUUAUUUAUCCUAUCAAAUUAAUGAGAGCAAGACCGGAAUCUCGACUCACUCGACCUCCAAAAGGAGUUCUUUUGCAUGGGCCUCCUGGUUGUGGAAAAACUUUGUUAGCAAAAGCAACGGCUCGUGAAGCUGGCACAAACUUUAUUAACCUGGAAGUUUCCCUUCUGACUGACAAGUGGUAUGGAGAAAGUCAAAAAAUUGCAGCAGCAGUAUUUACUCUUGCAACAAAACUACAGCCUUGUAUCAUAUUCAUUGAUGAAAUCGAUUCGUUUCUGAGGAGCAGAACGACCCAAGAUCAUGAGGCAACUGCAAUGAUGAAGGCUCAGUUCAUGUCAUUCUGGGAUGGUCUACUCACGGAUCCCAACUGCACUGUAAUUGUAAUGGGUGCCACGAACCGAGCUUCGGAUAUUGAUGCUGCAAUUUUACGCCGUAUGCCAACUGUAUUUUUCAUUGAUUACCCUUCAACAACACAAAGGCAGAAAGUACUAGGCCUUACAUUGAAAGGCGAGCAACUAGCUUCUGACGUUAGUUUAGAUGUAUUGGCAACAAAAACUGAUGGUUUUUCGUGCUCAGAUUUGUAUGAAUUGUGCCGUAAAGCAGUGAGCACUAGGAAUCAGAAAGCUUUCCAAUCUUAUGUCAAGAGCCAAGAAAACGGUGGCAUUUUUGAUUCGAGGAAUCAAAGCAAAGAAGACUCUUCUAAAGACUUAUCCUCUAGUCAGUCGUCAAAAUCACCAAGUAGUAAAAGUGAACGUCCUUCCGGAGACGCAGAAUUUGUCAACAUAAGAAUAAGUCCACUUUGUAUGGAAGAUUUUGAGAAGUCAUUGGUUAAAAUGAAAGCUGCAAGAAGUAUAUUCCAGUCUUAAGAAAAAGGUUACUUAACCAAGAAGCAUUUUAGGUUUGUGCAGAGUCAAAGUCCAAAAGUGCAGUUCAUUUUAGUGUUUUUGAAAUGAAAGGUCAGCCUUUGAUAUGAUCUACUACCAUGGAAUGGUAAAGAGGUUAUAACAGCGCUUAUUUAGGACAUGUAGAUAUCUAUAUUCUUCGAGCACAAGGAGGACCCCAUUUCUGCACUUGUGAAAUUCGAACAAAUUUUUUUGUAAUUGUGGCAGCCGCUAUGGAAUCCCUUGACGGUUUUUGACAGUUAUUAGUUCCUGUUAGGCUUUUUUGGGUAUUUGUUGUUCUUUUGCGAAAAAAAAGGACACCUUUGGAUAGCAUCAAGCAAAAAUUAUCUAUCUAUGAGGAGUUGUUUAAAGAAAGAAUUUCUCUGUUUUCUGAGUGGCAAGGAGACUUGUGUAUAUCAAAGAAAACACCCACAAUUGAUAGAAAUAGACAAUGAUACUAUUUGAGGCUAGUGUAUGUAGAUGAAGCUUCACAUCACUUGAAGUAAACUUCGGAAGAUGGUGGAAAGUGGUGAAAUGCUUAAACUUGCCCUACGGCAGAUCAUAGUUUUUAUUUUCUGGAAAAAGAAAAAAAUCGCUUGUAGACCUAUUUUGUGCCAAGUGCCACCUAUAAAAAGUGAAUUCAACCAGAGAAAUGUAACUUCAGGCAUUCAAAAUCUCAUGUCAAGAAGUUUAUUUAGGUCUUGAGUGGUUUCAACCAGCCUCGACUUAACGCCUUAUUGUCGAUAUUUCUUUUAACUCUUUGAAAGUCUAGUGCUCAUAUUCCAAUCUAACAUACAUCUGGACUAAUUGCAACUUUUUUCAAAACUCUUUGUAGAUAGAUCAUGAUUGUUCGAUGAUUUGAAUUUAAGAAUUUGUGUGUAGCAAGUAUGAAUCUCCUUUAUUUUUUUUCAAUCUGAUGAAUUUUCUUUACCACUAUAAUCAAUGAAUUGAUGACUUUCAGCCAUUACCUUUCUUAAGAUUACUUCAAGUCAAGGCCAGGAGGUUCAUUUUUGGAAAUCCUGGAGUUUUUUUUUUUUUUUUUUUUCAUUUCUUUAAUUUUUUUUUACUGAAUAAACUCUGCUUAAUUUUGAAGUAACAUUGCUCUGUUUGGUGUGGUGUCCUCUGCAGACGUUUCACACAGAUGUUUGACCAACGAGAAGUGCUGGUUUGGGUUCCGCAGGAAGUUGAUGAGAGCUUCAUCCUGUUGGUUGGGUGGAGAUGCUGUAGAUUGGUUGGGUUGACUUGACCACUCCUCCUCAAUUUGGUUUACUAGGGUAGGACAUUUGGGGGGCUGUAUGAUCAACUUUCUUUCACCAGAAACAUCGCCAAUUCCUGGCAGGACAUGAUGCUGGAUUGUGCUUUCUAGGACAGCGGAAACACUGUUGCUUGGGUUGUGGAGACUGCAGCUUAGAUUUAUCAUUUGACUGUCAUUCAGACCAAUGAUUAAUUGGUCUCGAAGAGCUCUAUCUCGAUGAGUAUCAAAGUCACACUUUAGAGAUAUAUUUUUCAAUUCAGCGAUGAAAUCAGGAAGCUUUUCACCUUGAAUCUGUUUACAUGAGUGAAAUUUAAAUGUGUCAGCAAUGUCGGACUGUAAUGUUCUUUGAGAUUUAUAACACAAUCACUGAAGGACGCGUCUUUAACUGAUUUAGGUGCUAGACGGUUUUUUAAUAUUUGAAACUGUUCUGGAGUUAAUGGACCACUGA